UCCUAGCCAUGGUCACAUUGAAUGGCGGUGCUGGCUCGAAGGGCCGAAUGGCCUCUACUCCUGCACCUAUUGUCAAUCUAGCUCUCUCUUGAAGGGACUACAGAUGCUGGUUUACACAGAAGGUUGUGAGGUGUAAAGGUGAGGGAGUUUGAUUCGGCAUGGAAAGGGUUAAACUACUCAGGGCUGCCCUGCUAGUGCCAGGCUCGACAGUCUGCAGGAGUUCCGGCUGAUAAGGAGCAGUGAUCUCCAAGUGAAAAUGCAAAUUGCAACGCAGUGUAAACACAAGGCAAGCUCCUCGGCUCCUGUCAGCAUGGCCUCCGCUCCUGCUCUGCUCUGCGCAUUUCUCAUCUCCGUUUAUGCUCCUCCUGUCUCUGCCCAAGAUCAGCGUGAAAUUGCACCCAUCAGACUUCUUGCCUCAUUCGGGCUGAAACACACGCUUUCCUGUACCUCAGCUCAUCAGAACAGCAUCCAGACUGUGCAAUGGCUACAGAAAAGAAGUUUCAUGGAACGCUGGGAAGAGAUUGCCGAGUUAUCGGUGCCAGUGAACAAGGAGAGAUUUCAGGUCCUUGACGAUGGCUCCCUGGUGAUUCUGUCUGUCGGUGUCGAGGAUGAGGGUCUGUUCAAGUGUCGAGUGGGGAAGGACAGCACAGAGGACCUCUCUGUAACCAGCGUGGUCGUCUAUAAGUCGCCCAGCGAGCCGAUGCUAAAGGAGAGAUUCCUGACGUUCACAGCUGGAGCACUGUCUGAGAUUGGGACGUGCAUCUCUAACGAUGGCCACCCCAUCAGUAACAUUACUUGGUACAAGGAUGGCAAAGAGGUGUUUGCCAGCAGGAACGGUGAGAAACCAGCUGAUGAGAUCACUACCUUCAUAGCAAAGAAAAGGCUUUCAGUUGCACCAGUCUUUCACAACCUCAGAUAUAUCAUAGAAACAUAG